GUAAAACACAGCCAGUCAUUUGUCAGCUCCAGGUCUCUGGGCACCGCUAAACUUCAGAACUGUCGCUCUCCCCCACCAGCCGGGCAAGACUCCUCUUUCUGUCCCUUUAAUCCCUGGCGGCCGGCUUGUGACCAUGUAGCGUGGCGUUUCUGCGCUGAUGAACCCGAAUCAAGACGUCACUUUGAACGAACUCUUUGUGGAAGAUUUAAAAACUGCGGCCUCUGCCACCGGGCUCUCCGUCUCCUCAAGUGUGUGUGUGUUGUGAAGGUGUGUGUGUGUGUGUGUGUGUGUGUGUGUCUGCUGAGUGUGUACUGGGGAGAUGUACUGUGCCUACCAGGACCGGGAGGAGUUGGAGGAUAAUCUUUAUCAAGAGGAUGGAGCAGACUCUGAGGGGUCCGAGGUCAACAGCGAGCUGGAGUUCCAUCUCUACAGCCAGCUCCACUACUCCUCUAAUGCGGGGGUCAUGGAGGAGGAGGAGGGGGGGGAGGGGGAGGGGGAGGGCCAGGAGAGCCAGCAGCCUGAGCCCGAGGUGACGGAGAAGACUGUAGACGGAGGAAGGGAACAAACUGGAGAGAAAAGGCCUCAGUCACCUGAUUUGAGCAAAAUAGAGCAAUACCUGAUGAAGAAGCAGAAGAAGAAGAAGGGAGAGAAAGAGAAGAAGGGGAAAAGUAACCCCAAAGAUGUGAAGUCAAAAACUCUUUUUGAGCAAGUCAUCGUUAUCGACUCGGGCCCUGAUGUCAUCUCUAUCUCUGAUGGGGAAACCACAGAUGAAGAUGAUGAUGAGGAGGGGGUCUGUUCCUCAAAGGGUCAAGGCCUUGGCCGACCGCAGACUUCCACCCCAGCUGCGCAGGGAAACAAGGGAAGUAAGAAGCGUGUCAGUGCUCUGGUGACUGUGGACUCCAGCAGCUCUGAUUCAGAUUCAGAAAAGUCUGAAUCGUCGAUGUCGAAGAUGACGGGAGCUGGAUUGUUUCUGAUAAGGACAAGGAGGCUCAGAUCUACAACAAAGACAAAGGUGCCAAGGUCGCGGUGCAGCGGCUGCUAAACAGAUAUUAUACAAGCAAGAACGUCCAAUGUAGAAACUGCAACAAGAACGGACAUCUCUCCAAGAACUGCCCGCAGCCCAAAAAAGUGUUGCCCUGCUUCCUCUGUGGCACCCCGGGCCACCUGUCGAGUGAAUGUCCCAACAGGCACUGCAACAACUGCGGCCUGCCGGGUCACAUCUACAACUCCUGCAACGAGCGGGCGUACUGGCACAAACAGUGCCAUCGCUGCCACAUGACCGGCCACUUCUUUGAUGCCUGUCCAGAGAUCUGGAGACAGUAUCACAUCACUACUAAGCCAGGUGUUCCUGGAAAACAGCGUGGAGAGGACCACGGUCGAAGCCCCGCCUCCUGCUACAACUGCUCCAGGAAAGGACACUUUGGACAUGCGUGUACACAGCGGAGGAUGUUUAACGGGACUUAUCCCAGCACGCCUUUCAUCAACUACUAUGACACCAUGGAGGACAUAAACCGCAGAGGACACAGGGCUAAGAUGAAGAUUAAGGACUUGAAGAAAAGUGGCCUUUACCCUGCUGCUUCUGAAGCCCCUGUCACUCCAGGUCCACCAAAGAAGAAACAGAAGCUGAGCCAUGCCAAGAACAACCAGAAACCGAACCACACACCUCGCCAAAACGCAGACAACCACAAACCCAACCACAAACCCAACCAGACACCGCGCCCAAACACCGAAAAACACAAACCCAACCACAAUCCGAACCACACACCUGGACAAAAAACCGGCAACAACAAACCGAACCGGAGUCACAUCUUUUUUCAAGACAAUGACUUUGAACCUCCUGCAGCCAAAAAAAGUAAACGCAACAAACACAAACAACCGGAGAGCGCUGGCAACGUGAAACCAUGGAAACCCAAGAGACCUGUGCCCACCUCGAGGGAGCAACCAGCUAAACUGAUUCUGGACGAAGCCGACGACUUCCCCAGAGGAGGGGCUGCGAAGAAACAGAGAAAGAAGAAAGAGAAGCACGCUCCUUCAGGGCCACCAGGGGGACACGGAGACGGCAGAGCGGAUCGCCUCAGUUGGACUGUGAAAGGAGAGAUGCAGGGGUCGCAGCAGCAGAAAGGAGAGAAGAAGAAGAGGAAAAGGAAGCAACAAGGAAAGGGGGACAGUAACAAAAACCAUGAUGCACACAUGUACCCAACGGAUGAGAACCUGUUUAUCAUAAAACAGAAGAAGAGAAGGAGCAGAUAGCAUCGGGCUGCGUGAGGUUUGGUUGUCAGGACUUGACGGGACCUUUUAGUAUUGUGUGUUCAAGACCAUAAAGGAUGGGGUCAGACAUCUGCUACAUUCAGGGUUUGAUGGAAAACAGUUGUUGCCUGUGUUGCUUUACAGGGUUAGUAGAUCUUUUUAAAGAUGUCAUUUGAAGUCACAGCUGGAAAAGCACCGUUGGAAUGAAUCGAUCUCUUUCAGUUUCAGAUCCAUUGUUUACCACAGUUUUAGAUUUUUAUUAAAUCUGAGUAUGCCUUAACGGUGGAGUCAGUAGCUUUUUUUCUUUGUAACUUGUAAACACAACAUUCAAACUGGGCCCCCCCCAAGUGCACACUCACUGCAGGACGUACUGUGUGUGUACGUUUACUGCUUGUACCUACACCGCAAGCCAGCAUAUACUUACCGCCGGUUUUUGGCACCUGUGUGUCCAACAGAAAGAAGAACAUCUCUGUGUCCACGUGUGAAAGCCAACACAAGGUUCAAUCGCUGAUUUUUAUCCAGUCUUUAAAUCACCUUUUUGCUGUAAUUGGCUUGGGGUAAAACAUGCCAGCUCCCCACCCAGAAACGUCCCGAGUCAACCAAAACAAAACAUGAAAAUCCAGGCACCGCACAUGUAUGGACACCCAGAAGGGAUAGUUGAGUCUAUUUUUUCAGGGAAAAGCUACAGACUCUGCCUUUAAAGCAAUCAUUGGAUGCACAAAUUAUCAUCGGAUCAAGUUUGUCUUGCUGCAAUUAUAUUCCUUUGGAUUUAAAUGAACCUUUAUUACUGCACCUUCAGUGUAAGAAAAGGGGAAAAUUCAGUUAUUGUAUGUGAAAGUGUGUCUACUGUUGAUCUGAUAGUCAUACUAAUGGACAUAAUUAGUGGAUAUUCUUCAAAGUUGCGGUCUUUCUCUUACUAAAUGUGCUACAUUUGUGUUAACAGACACCCUGUAAACAAACGAAAGUCGAACUUUGGAAGAAAUCUGCUUGACUUGUCUGACUCGGAGCGGUAAAUUCCUCACGUUAGAUUCAGAAAAUUCAUAUUUUAAAUCAGAAGAGAACAGAUUUUGUCCCUCAUCACUUUGACUGAAAGCGCUACAGGAGGGACUCUAUGUCCUGUGUAAACGAGAGGACGAGGUACAGGUAACACAACCUGUGUCAACGUCAUGAGGCCACCUGGUUAUUGUUUGAUGACAGACUGUGAACCUGUUUUCAUGCUAAUAGUACCACCUGCUAUUGUAAAGAUUAAAAAAGCCCCCUUCUGGUCAGUGUGAGAAUUACAGUAAUUAAAGUAGUUCAUGAAUCCAGCUAAGAGUUCUCACAUUCUGUUCAGUGAUGACUUGAGUCUACUGUUCAUGUUCAGUACUACAAGGAUUUUAGAUUUUGCAUUAAAAAGUGGACAUGUCAUUACUUUCAUAGUCCUUCAGUUUCUUUUUCUCACAUAAUUCACGUUAAAACAGAUGCUGCUCUUUAAAAGUCCUGUAGGAAAAUGUGUGCCUCCACUCUGAACACAGAUUUAAAGUUGCUGCUGUUUGCCGUUAUAACCAAAGGAUUGUAGAUUUGUAAUAACAGAAAGUGUCCCAUACGUUUCGAAGAGAAGGGGUGCCUUUUUCUAUGACACUUGUUGAUUUGUAAAUGAUCUAAAUAUUCGAUCAGACUGUAAAUACACGUUCUCAUCACUGACAUACAGCCCUGACAGUAUUAACAAUUAACCCACUCCAAGCUCUGUCAUGAUGAAACCAUACUAAAAAAUGAGAGUUUGAUGGUUCCUGUAUUUCAUGAUGAUCAAUAACCCAAACUUUGUGGUACGAAUGUGACCUAUUAGAUCUGUUCAGUAACUUCAAACUGUUCCAUAAUAAUUUGUGUAUUUAAAAAGUGAUCCAAUAAAACAAUCUGGUUCAAGUC